ACUAUAAACAUAGAAAGUGAGAUAUGCUCCUUUACAUCCAAAAGAUUAUUGCCGUACAGCUAAAUAUUACCAAAUUUGGACCAAUUCAUCCUCUAUAAAAUUCAUGUUUAUUGACCAUAAUAAUCAUUAAAAAAAAUAUCAUCAUAAAAUUUUUUGCUAGUAUAAGCUAUACAGCUACAGUAGAAAUCCAUUCAUUCAAAAAAAAAAAAAAAAAAAAGUUACAGUAGAAAUGGUUAGAUUAGUUAUGCCAUUCUUUUAUUGUUUCUUGACUAUUACAAUAGCAUUUUCGUUAAGCUGUCAAGCUGCUAGCGACGGGUGGACCGAUGCCCGUGCCACAUUUUACGGUGACGAGAAAGGAGGAGAAACUAUGUAUGGUGCUUGUGGGUAUAAAAACCUAUUCGAUCAAGGUUACGGUCUUGAGACAGCAGCAUUAAGCACAGCAUUAUUCAACAAUGGAUCGGCAUGUGGAUCAUGUUACGAGAUACAAUGCAUAAACUCGAAAAAUUGUUUACCCGAUGCUAAAACUAUUAAGAUCACGGCCACCAAUUUUUGCCCUCCUAAUUACACAAAAACAGUCGAUAUAUGGUGUAAUCCUCCUCAAAAACACUUUGAUUUAUCACUAAAGAUGUUUGAAAUAAUUGCAAAAUAUGAAGCCGGGGUUGUUCCAGUUCAGUUUCGUCGAGUUCCUUGUGUUAAGAAAGGUGGCGUUAAGUUCCUACUACAAGGGAACCAAGGUUGGUUACUUGUACUAGUGUUUAAUGUUGGAGGUGCAGGAGAUGUUGCUAAUGUUAAGAUUAAGCCGUCUAAUUCGAAUGAUUGGUUGCAAAUGGAACGUAAUUGGGGGCAAAAUUGGCAAUUUACUCAAAAUUUAUUAGGGCAAGGUUUGUCAUUCCAAGUUACUACUAGUGAUGGUAAAACGGUUCAAGCUGAUAAUGUUGUGCCUGGUAAUUGGCAAUUUCGGCAAACUUUUGAAGGCCAAAGUAAUUUCUGAUUAAUAAUUGUUUUGUUCCUUGAUUAUUUUGUUUUAGGGUUAUAAGUGAAUUAAAGGCCACAUAUGGUUGUAAAGGGGAUUGGGUAUUUCUCAUGUCAACGACCAACAUACUAUAUUAUUGAAUAAUGAUUCUUAGGUGAAACGGGUAUCAGAAUUUGAGUUUUAAAUUUGUUAAUUUGUAGAUGUCUUUUUAAAAUUUGCUCCCAAAAAUAGUUUAAAAUAAAUUACGCAAAUAAUUUUUUCUUCUUUUCUUAUUCAAAAAAAUUAAAAAGAAUCAAUAACAUAAUACUUAAAGCGAAUUUGACAUAACACUUGUCAUGUUCUGAUUAAAAAAUUUCCCGCCACUGUCACUUUUGUUUUUUUUUUUUUCAAAUCUUCAUGCAUGUUAAUUUAUUCUAAGUAUAUUUGGCAACUAUAUUUUAAGUAUAUUCUAUAUGCAUUCAAUGAAAAUAUUUUAACAUAUCUUUCAUAUAUGUUAUAAUAGGUAUUUUUCUAUAAUUAACAAAUAUAUACUACGUAUAUAAGGUAAUAUUAUUAGAA